AAGCAGCGUUUGCACCGACGUGGCCGAAUCCACGGUGCCAUGGGCCAUGGGCGGCGAUAAGGCGCGAGCGGACGAUAGAAAGCCGCGGCCGCCAACUCGCCCACGCAGCAAGGCACGGGCCACUCCCGCCUUCGCCACCCGCCUGGCGCCUGCCUGUGGUCGCCUGCCGCGUCGCGUGUCACCGGCUCACCGCACUCACAAAAACUGCAAGACGCCUGGGCCGCGCACGCUGCCACCACCGCCACCCGACCCGAGGAGCAUGAGCAUGGCGGCGCCGUCGUCCUCCCUCGCCUCUUCCUGCCACAUCUCCCGCCGCGCCACCGCCACCGCCACGGCCGCGGCCCAGUCGCACUCGCCUCCGCUGCCGCAGCAGCUCCGCCUCGGGUGCUUCCAGCGCGGCGCGCGCGCGCAGAGCGCCUGCAGGGCGGCAUCGAGGAGGCGCACGCCAGGUGUUUGCUUCGUGGUCUCACCAAGCCAGCCAGGUCUUGCUGCGAUCGACGUACCGGCGGCGCCUAAUGCGACGACCGUCCCCGACCGUACUUCGGUGUCCUCGCUUUUGGAGGUUGUUUCGGACGACUUGCUGAAACUAAACAACAAUCUAAAAUCGCUUGUUGGUGCAGAAAAUCCUGUUCUGGUUUCUGCGGCUGAACAAAUUUUUGGUGCCGGUGGAAAGAGAUUAAGACCAGCAUUAGUUUUUCUGGUGUCUAGAGCAACUGCUGAGUUAGCUGGUUUGUCGGAGCUAAGUACAGAACACCAACGAUUGGCAGAGAUUAUAGAGAUGAUUCACACCGCAAGUUUAAUACAUGAUGAUGUCAUAGAUGAUAGUGGGAUGCGAAGAGGAAAGGAAACUAUUCAUCAGCUAUAUGGUACACGGGUGGCUGUACUUGCUGGUGAUUUUAUGUUUGCACAAUCUUCUUGGUUUCUUGCAAACCUAGAAAACAUUGAAGUUAUAAAGCUGAUCAGUCAGGUCAUCAAGGACUUCGCAAGUGGUGAGAUAAAACAAGCAUCCACUCUUUUUGACUGUGACAUCACUCUUGAUGAUUACCUUCUCAAGAGCUACUACAAAACUGCAUCUCUGAUCGCAGCAAGCACAAGGUCAGCCGCCAUAUUCAGUGGCGUCAGCACCAGUAUUUGUGAACAAAUGUAUGAAUAUGGCAGGAAUCUUGGGCUGUCCUUCCAGGUAGUUGAUGACAUCCUGGACUUUACCCAAUCAGCUGAGCAACUUGGCAAACCAGCAGGAAGUGACCUGGCGAAGGGAAACCUGACAGCUCCAGUCAUCUUUGCUUUGCAAGAUGAACCAGAGCUAAGAGAGAUCAUCGAUUCCGAGUUCAGUGAGACUGAUUCAUUAGCUGCUGCGAUAGAGCUUGUUCACAGGAGCGGUGGAAUAAGGAGGGCACAUGAACUUGCGAGAGAGAAGGGUGACAUGGCUAUCCAAAACCUGCAGUGCCUUCCGAGAAGUGAUUUCAGAAGUACCCUUGAGAGUAUGGUAAAAUAUAACCUUGAAAGGAUUGAAUAGAUGGAUUCAGUUGAUUCCUGUACCAGUCCACUAGAUACAGGCCUCCAGUAUGGUAUUGGUGUAACUCCAAAACCCAUCUUUUCAGCCCCUUCUCGGAAGAUACGGUUUCAAAGAAAGUACUAGGAGAAAUUGAUCUAUUUCAUACUAUUCUGGGGAACUCCUGUGAAGCAGGCCAGAGUUAUCUUGUUGAUUAUAUGAGAUGAUUUAUGCAGGAUCAUCAGAAAGCAAGGACCUAGCUGCAUACUCUUACGCGUUGAGCCUGCAUCUGAGUAUUCUACUUUUGCAGCUCUUGUAAAUAUAAGGAGCUUACUGUAUCCUAGCAUUCUUUUAUUUUUGCUAUCUGCGCAACAAAUUAAGUGCUAUACUUGUAUGGGAACCUAACAGGCUGACACUCGCAUAAUAGCUGUGUACUCUAGAUCACUGGGGUGUAUUUUUCUAUAAACAUGUUGGCUGAUGAGUAAUUGGAACAUACUUCGACAUAAA